UUCAGUUGCGGGGGACGCAGGCAGGCAGGCGCAGCGCACACAGACUCAGCGGAGGUGCUUCACAGAGAACAUCUCAGGAUGGCAGAAAGCACAGACAUGACGCUUCUUAUGGACUCAUUUAAGAAGUUUGCGAUCCAUGGAGACACCAAAGCCACUGGCAAGGAAUUGAAUGGGAAAAACUGGGCCAAACUGUGCAAGGACUGUAAGGUCAUUGAUGGAAAGAAUGUCACCAGCACCGAUGUGGACAUUGUCUUCAGCAAAGUGAAAGCAAAAACAUCUCGAGUCAUCACUUAUGAGGAGUUCCAGAAGGCUCUAGAGGAGCUGGCACCAAAAAGGUUCAAAGGUCAGAGCAAAGAGGAAGCACUGAAUUCCAUACACAAACUGAUUGAGGGCAAAGAACCUACCAACGUUGGUGUAACGAAAGUAGCCAAGACUGGUGCAGUGGACAGACUGACAGACACAUCGAAGUAUACAGGUUCCCAUAAGGAGCGUUUCGACGAGAGUGGGAAGGGGAAAGGCAAGAGCGGUCGUGAGGAGCUGGUGGAGAACACCGGCUAUGUGAGCGCCUACAAGAAUGCAGGAACAUACGAUGAGAAGACCAAAGCGAAGUAGGCUCCAGGAGAGACCCUUGGCUACAGAGCAUUGAGGGAGACAAGCUCAACCUUCAGCACUUAGGUCUGGACCCAAAGUACAGCCCAGCUCUUUACGAUGGUG